GUUUCUGAUGCAAUCUAAAGGGGCGUUUUAAGCCAUAUAAGGCCUGAUUGUUACCAAACUCCUGUUUAACUAUUCAUCGGGACACAGGUGCCAAGUGUUGGUGUGUAUGUCUCUCAGGCCAAAGGAAGACAUGCUAAUACCCGAGAUAAGAGAACACGUAUCCCUGACCGACGACUGCAGGGUGAGCCAGUGACAGGAUCAAGACAGAAGCACAACACCGGCGACUAGGGUUGCUUUGGACGAGAACAACUGGGAAUUCAUGGGAAGAAGUCACAUUUGGACGCAGUCUACCAAUGGCGUGACCAAAUCCGCAUCAUAUCUUGGAUGUUUAACGCUUUAUAUCAUGUUUUUGUCACUCACUGAAGCUUCGACUCACUAAUAGAGUUGAUUCUCUGCUCCGUCCCUUAAUAAUCAUGGACCUGCCUCUUCCAGUGUCUCGACUGGACGUUGAUGUGGAUUUGGGCUUUGCUCUCGUCUUCUUAGUCCUGCUGUGUUUGUUUCUGCUGGUUACGGUGGUUCGCUGCGCUCAGAUGGUUCUGGAUCCGUACAGCGCGAUCUCUGUGUCCACCUAUCAGGAGGAGCAAGUGGAGGGAUGA